UCGUGCAGAUCGUAGUGAGUCCCGUCACACAUAUAAGCAAGAUGGAGGAUCUCGCAGUCGAAGUAUGCGGCGAAAACGGAGCGUAUUAUAAGGCCUAUGUCACUGAUGUCUUCAAGGAUGAAGUACUGGUGGCCUUCGACAAUGACUGGCAGCCCGAAUCAAAGUUUCCAUUUGCUCAAGUACGUCUACCGAUGAAGGAUGGCCCGAAGGCAGAGUUCCAGGAGAGUCAGGAGAUCGAGGUUUACUCGAGGGCCAAUGAUCAAGAAGUCUGUGGCUGGUGGAAGGCCAUCAUCAAGAUGAUCAAAGGGGGUUUUCUAGUUGUUGAGUACCUCGGCUGGGAGUAUAGUUACACAGAGAUCGUCGCUCUGGAACGUAUCAGAAUGAAAAAUACAAAUCCGCCAAUCGACAAAAAUACCUUUCACAAGAUCGAGAUCGAUGUACCUGAAGAGCUCAGAGAGUUUGCUAAGAUGGAUAACGUACACAAGAAGUUCCAGAAAGCGAUAGGUGCAGCUGUUUGUCGAUAUAUACCAGACAAAGGAAUCCUCCUGGCCAUUUCCAGAAACGAGAAUAUCCGCAGGAACAGUAGUAUGAUCCAAGAGAUGCACUUCCGAAAUCUCUCGCAAAAAGUGCUCCUGCUGAAGAGGACGGAAGAAGCAGUUCGCCAACUAGAGUCCACGAAGCUCCAGACAGUCGGGGGAUACAGAAGAAAAAAAAACGAUAUUAAAACAGACAGAAUGGAAUCGAGCAAAUUUAGAUCAUCAAACUUUAUAUAUCAGCGUGUCUCAGACUAUGAGGCUGGGGCCAGAUCAAAUCCAAGAUACACGGACGAAUUCAAUGUUCGUGAAGAUCUGAUGGGUCUGGCGAUUGGAGCACAUGGGGCUAACAUCCAGCAGGCGCGAAAAGUCGAGGGCAUAACGAAUAUAGAGUUGGAGGAGAAUUCCUGUACAUUCAAAAUAUACGGCGAGACUCACGAGGCUGUGAAGAAAGCACGCUCGAUGCUGGAGUACAGUGAGGAGUCUAUACAAGUGCCAAGAGUCCUCGUAGGAAAAGUUAUUGGAAAGAAUGGGCGGAUUAUUCAGGAGAUUGUGGAUAAAAGCGGUGUUAUUACAUCUGGCUCGAGUGGGAAUGUACAUACUGAUAGAGUUCGAGUUAAAAUCGAGGGGGAUAACGAGCCUCAGCCGACGAUGCCUCGUGAGGAGGGACAGGUUCCAUUCGUUUUUGUUGGGACUGUUGAGAGUAUUGCCAAUGCAAAAGUACUGUUGGAAUACCAUUUAGCACACUUAAAGGAAGUUGAGCAACUUCGACAAGAGAAAUUGGAAAUAGAUCAGCAGCUGCGGAAUAUGCAUGGCUCGACAACGGGACCGAUACCCAGUUUUACACCUGUCAGGCGAGGCAUGUCCUCGGGUCCAGAAGAGGGUGGUGGGGGUCGUGGUGGACGUGGAGGACAGUCACGGGGUCGUGGACGAGGAAGACCACCAGCACGACUCAAUGCAGGUAAUCGUAGAGACAUGAUGGACGGCAACGACGAGCGAGUGAGAGACCUGCCACCUCGAGGGGGAAGUCAUCAGGGUCAUCAGGGUCAUCAGGGUGGCAGUGGUAGUUGGACGGGCAACAGACAGGGUAGACCGCCUGCACUACGACGUGACCGCAGAGACGACAGACGUCGAACCACUGACGAUGAAGAGACUGUCCUCGAUAGCCAAGACGUAUCUAGCAUCGAUCGAGAAUCUGUAUCGAGUGUCGAGGGAAAGCCUAGGGGGAACAAACGAAGGCAGAUUCGAUCAAGACGACGCAGUGCAACGCCAGACAGCAGUCAGAAAGGCAAUUCAGGACAGGCUGACCAGACAUCUGUGAAUAAAGAGGGGACUCCCAUCUCCAAGGACGUGAUAAAUUCAAACAACAGUGGUCCACAGGGCCCCAAGGGUCAGAGUAAUCGUCGUCCACACAACUGGCGUUCCUCCUCCAACAACAAGCCGAAAGAGACCCUGGUAAACGGUACCAGUGGCUAAUAGCCAUCCUCCAUUAUCUUCUUCAAUCGACCCCCUCGGAGAGUAGAAGAAGGAUUGACACGAGUCAAUGAAGGAAAACCGUUAAGAUCAGAGAUAAACAAUGAAUUAAUUACCGAGAUAAUACACUAAUGACUACUCUGAAGAAAUGGCUGAUGGACACCUAAGCAACGUGGACACAUGACGCUCUACCCGAUUUAUUCAAGGACUUUGAGAGGAACAACUGAGGAACACAACAAUCUGUUAAUGAUUAAACGAAGAAUGAUUACUUGGUCUACUUAUUCACAUCUUCAACACUGUUCGUUUCCAAUAGUGAGGAUCAACUGCAGUUGUUUUGAUGGGGUAUGAGGGCAGGAAGUAAUUGUGGAAAAAAAAAUUCAAAGUGAACUUCGUCGUUGGACGAAAGGUAAAUCAUUCUUUCGUAUACACAAAUGAGAAAUGAAACAUUUAAAGACAUAUUAAUAUCCAUGCAUGGUUUAGUUUGAAAAUGAUAGAGAUUGACUAUCAUUGCGUUUGAUAAAUAUGGACACAUUCAUUGGGAUAUUGAUGGGGGCGUGGGGAUGAUGAUUAUCGACGACCGUGUUGCACUGUUUUGUGCACAUGGGUUUGUUUCGUUGAGUGCGAUUGAUAUUUGAGACCCUUCCCGGAUUGUGAAACCGUGCCUCACGUUUUUUCCCCCUUUUCUUUCAAAAUAAUGAGAUGAAUCGUCACGAGACUCGAUGACCAACAAACUUUAUUGAUGAAAAAAAAAAUCUCUCGUCAGGAUCAAGUGAUUAACGGUUGAUCUUAUGCUAGGGAUUGAAAACCGAAUAUGAUCAACCAAAUUUAACUCGUAUAAUGAACAAUCUAAUUGUUCUCCAUCCUCUGGAUUUAUUGAUAAAUUAUUGAUAAAUGGUUAUUAAAAAACAGGGUCAAAACGAGAAAAAAAAAAUUUGAUGGAAUCGAUUGAUGAUUAAAUGAACCGAAUGAAAAUUAGCAUCCAUUCCUAAUUGUGAUUGGCAGCUUGGCAAAUUGUUUUUCGUGGUAGAAAAUAUAUCUUCUCCCAAUGAUGUCUCCUCAUUUCUUUCUAUUUGCACAAUGUUGAAUUGUUUUUUAUUACUUUAUCCAACAUUUUUUUAUUUGAUUAUUAUUAAUUUUCUUGUCCAAGAAUUACUAUUCUCCCCCGUUCAUUUAUUGACCUAUUAUGUUCUCCGUUUGAGUGGUAAUUUCCCUAUACUUGGAUUACGAUAAAUAUGGAAAACAUUUUUAGUUUUUGGUUGAUAUUUGAGGGGAAUUUAUGGCUUGGUCCUUUUGUACGACGUAAUUAUUGUUUCUUCUUUUUAUUUGUACGAAUUUAUUAUUUUCGCUCGUCAUAUCUGUAAUUUGUCAAUACUAGAGAUUCCUGGAUUGAUAAUGAAACGUUUAACUGCUAAUUGGCUGAUUAAAAUCAUCAAAAUUUCCGAAGAACGUUAAAUCAACACGUGAAACUAAUGAUUCAAUAUGAAAAAUCAAUAUAUUUAGCGAUACCAAUGUAUGAUGUGCCAGACAGGAAAAGAAACAGUGAAACAUGGAACGAUGAUACAUGUUUUAUGAUAUCUAAAGUCUAGCUGAAAGUGCAGAUUUAGCGCAUUACCUUUAUUACUAUAUUACUACUUAGGCGAAAAGAUACGAAAAAAAAAAUCAUAAAAAAAUGUGGAUGUCUGAACAAAUAAACUAGCUUUACUAUACUAAGCUAUUAAACAAAAAAUACAAAAAAAAAAUAAUUAAAAAUACUAAAAAAAACACGUAAAAAUAAAGAAUACAAAAGUAAUAGAUGAUCACUUAGUCAGCGGUUUUAAAUUGUCUCACGGUGUUGCCUUGUUCCAAUUUAAAACAGUUGUCUUUAAUCUCUUCUUCCGGACAUGACAACAACUUCAUCGGACGUGUCUCAAAAUAAAUCAUUGCAAAGCAAUAAAUACACUGACGAUGGUUGAUUGCAAAGAAAAAAUGAUUAAUAAAUAAAAAAAAAAAA